AUGGAAGCGAGGCAGCUCAUUGAAAGAAUGCUCCAAGUUGAUAUCGCAUCGUGGAACAUGUUGCUCGCGGGGUACUCGCUGAACGGCUACUGCGACGAUGCCAAGAGAACUUUCGAUGGGAUCUCCAGCCGGAACGAGGUAACGUGGAACUCCAUGGUCGGAGCUUACGUCCAGAACGGGCAGCUGAGUAGAGCCAUCGAAAUGAUUGAGAGAAUGCCGCAGCUUGCUCUGGUUACCUGGAACACACUCCUGGGAGCUCUCCUCCAGAACGGCCGCACUCGAGAAUCCAUCCAUCUCUUCCACCAAAUGCUGCUCGAAGCAGUGACCCCAAAUGCGGUGGCUUUCGUGAGCGUUCUUGCUGCUUGCAGCCAUGCAGGACUUGUAAGUUCCAGCUGCCACUACUUCACGGCGAUGCUCUCCGACUACGAGCUAGCACCUGUUGCGGAACACUUUUCCUGCGUGAUUGAUCUUCUGGGACGUGUUGGAAGGCUAGAAGAUGCGGAGGUGUUGAUUAAUUUUUCGCCUUUCCCUCCAAGCAUCGUGGUGCGGGGAGCACUGCUUGGAUCUUGUAAGAUUCACUCUGACUUUGAAAGAGGUGUACGUGUUGCUAAAAGUAUUCUGGAGCUGGAUCCCACGCACGAUGGAUCCUUGGUCUUUCUAAGCACUGUAAUUACGUAA